CUCUUUGUUCCCUGCGUGUGCUUCCUUUGCUAUUUUUCCCUGCUGUUGUUUUUGCCCAAUUUCAGCCUGGAGCCCAUCCCCCUUUGGGUCCUUUUGAGCGUGAUUUGUUUAUUUUUCCCCUUGUUUGGAGACCUCUUUGCAAACCGAAGCAACAAGUUUUGGAAUACUCCAGCGAGACAAGAUGUUCAACAAGCGUAAGAGUCGUCCAGUCAGCACUGUUCCACCCCAUGAUGUAAGUAUCUCGUUGGCGUUGCUGCUAUUUGUUUCUGUAAUUAGCGGUGCAGGCUAUAUUUGUGGAGUAUACUAACCCUUCUUAUGAAACAGCCUUCAAACGCAAGCUCCAAUGCGCUGGCGGCGGCUUCUGCCAUUGGGAAUUCUAUAAAGACUGGAACGCCUAUUCCUCGUUCGAAUUCCUUCCAGAGAACUCCAUCGCUACAGAGAAGCUCAUUUGCCGCUAGGAGUGGAUCCUUUAACAGUUUCUCGAGCUAUGGAUUACCCGCAAGAAACGCCUCGACGUCCAGACAACAACAACAAAAGCAAGCAACGAGGUCUCAGAGUUGGUCGUCAAAGCCGCAAUCGUCAAACACCAGAAGCUUGAAACCAGUGAGCAGACCAAAGACUGUAAAGAAGUACAUUCCUGGCCCGUAUGGGCUGGUCACCGUCGAAGUACCUGUUGAAGAAAUUGCCAAAGAGCAGGAGCAAUUCAGAAAGAACUCUUUGAAGAGAAAACCGAGCCAGUCCCAGCAGAGAUCACAUAGCUUGACUAAACCGAAACCACGGUUCAACUCGUUUGAUCAAGGUUCUACAAAAUCUACUGGCAGCUCGAAGAGAGCAAUGUUUGUGGACGAACUGAAAGAGGUUGACGAACUCAAGGAAACCGAAUUCACUCCCGAGCCUGAAGUUGCGCACCAUAUUAAAGACCACGCAGUUACUGAAAAUAAGGCUCAGCCAGUAUCGGAAACAAAGGUGGACUCUGAGCCUAAACGAGUGUCUGCUGACUUGGAACAGAAAAGUGAAUCGGAACCACUGUCUGGUGAUGUGGAAGCAGACGUUGCAUCUGAAGCGGAAGAGAUUACUACCGUCAAGCAAACGGAUCUUGAACAAAACGGAAUUUCGGAAGAUCAUGUCGAAGCAAAGGACGAAUCUGGAGCGGGUCAAACAGAACUGCCAUCUGAACUAGAACCAUCUGCACAAGCCAUUAUUGCAAAAGUUGACGAUAUUGCUUCCGGGGAAAAUCAAGCUAGUAGUGAAUUGAGCAAGAACAAAGAGUCACAAGAUGUUCCAGAUGUUGUUAUUGAAGGGCCUGAUACUGUUCAUGAAGAGCUAGAAUCGGUAGAAAAAGUUGGCGAAAGUGAAUUGGAGGUUUUGAAAGUUGCUAAAGAGUCCGAUGAGACAAAACUUGCUCAAGAUUUAAAGGAUGAAUUGACUCAUGAACAGGAGUUUAUCACCAAGCUGGAAGAUGAAAACAGUGACGUUAACCACGACUCUAAUUUGAAUCAAUACGUUGACUUACCAUCUACUGCUAAAUCAUCUGAUACUUUGAACUUUGCACAAUCUUCAGUCACCACGGAGGACACUGAACCUGAAGUUUCAAAGAUUGAGGAUGAGAAGGCACCAUCAUCUAUGGCUCAAACCUUGCGUCCUACUAUUCCAUCACAGUACGCUAACAACCACGCCGAAACUGUUGUGGAUCGUGGCUCAAGCGUUUACUCCUCAGAGUCUGAAGAAUUACCUGUGCGUUCUGCAUUACGCCGUCAAGCAUCGCCUAUGAAGUCUGCUCUAAAAUACAAAUCGAGCACAUCUUCAAUUAACCUGCCAAAUGGUUCUAACCCAGCAAAUGACGCCUAUUUGUCCUUGACAACUGCUGAAAAUACAAGACUCAACGCCCUCAAUACUGCUCCAAACAGUCUAUCACGCUCACCGUCAAACCGUUUAUCAAAAGUGCCAACAGUUGAAUCCAAAGGUCGUCAAACACAACAAAACCGCGGUGUGAAACCGAGAUCAAAUUCAACAACACAGCAAAAACAAAACAACAAACCCGUGCAGAGACAAAGCACAACUUCACGUUCACAUAAUCCAUCAGUGAUAAACAAGCCACCUCAGAAGCCAUUGUCUUCGGCUAACGCAGCAGCUGUGAACGCUACUCGUAAACCUGAUCCAGUCCCACCAAAGCUUGAACGUGCAUCCUCAUUCGAAAAGGAGCGUCCACAUGAUGCACAUGGUGCAUUCAAAAGAAUGUCCAUGAGAGAUCCAGCUUUUGGAACAUCAAAGCCCAAGGAGUUUGAAUCGCAGUUGGGGUAUUACCGUAAUCAGGCUGUUCGUUCAAAUGGACACCAUCAACAAGCAACGCAGUCGAUACAGCAAUCACAGAGCAAUUUCUCCGAUAAGAUUGCAAAUCUAUCUUCAGGUUUCAAAUCACGUUUUGAGAAUGAUUCUGAUGAUGACGAUGUGUUUGCUGCACCAGCACCCCAAUUUGCAAAAACACAGACGUUACGCAAACCAAACUCUGUACAAAACAUUCGUUCAGUAUCACAGAAUGAGGCACCAUCACCUGCAAAAUCUGUUCCAGAGAACCAUCGUAUGACAAGGUACUUUAGUGAAAGUGAAGUUCCAAAUCAAUCCAAAGAAAAACCUAAGAGAUUUGCCAAACUAAAGAAGUUGUUUGGAAGAACAAACAAAUGAAAGAAGAGGUUCUUUCUAAGGUAUCAACUACGUACCA